CAUUUUCAAAUACAACGAAGAAAUUAAUCAAAAACUAGAUUCAUUUAUGUGGGAAAUAAACAAGCGAAGUAUAAUCGAAAUAAUUAAAAUUCAAACCAGUAAACUAGAUAAUAAUAUAUCUUUAAUAAAUGAUACGGUCUAUGCUAAAUAUACCAGAAUACAACUAAGCAAUCUUGAGAAUUUGUCUUUAUGGAGAUAUGUCAAAGAAGAACUUGUUCAAUCGUAUUUUCCUACACUGCCCAAUACAGCAAUAAACGAUUUCAUUCUUAAUUCAACAAUGCACAGGAUAGAUAUUAAAUUCACUCUUAAAAAAGCAAUAAAAAUCAUGUGUGAUCGAAUUUUUAAGUUUGCGAUUUUGCUAAUGGUAUAUGCCUAUGAGGCACUGAGAAUUGAUUAUUGUAAAACACUAUAUUGGGACCAAUUCAUAAAUAAUUUUAAAAAAUUGGGUGAUGCACUAUAUCUUUUGGAUGGAGACGAAAAAUUACGAAUAGGAUUAGAUAAAAUUAAUGAAGGACUUAAUAAUGAUAUUAAAUAUGCAUUUAAUGGAUGUGCUACAAUGUGUGUUUUUCAAAAAUUAGUAAAUAAUUAUGCAGAGUAUUUCUUUACGCCCCAAGAAAUUGAAAAUUUAAAAAAAAACUUUAGAUGUAAUAAUAUUAAGAAUGACCACAUUCUAUCACAAAAUGGAUUAGAUAAAAUAUUUAAAGGAUUUUCGAAACCUCACGGAGACAAUGAGACAUACAAAUUUAAACUGAUAUGUGAGAAGGAAUUAGAGGAAAAAUUUCAGCAUAUUUUUAUGUUAAUUGACGCAGAAUUCGAAAGAAUUAACAUAAUAGAUUUGUAAUAUUUGAUAACUUUUUUAGUAUGGUAGAUAUUUAUUUUCCAAAAAUAUUUAUAGUAAUUCAAUUACGAUCGUAAUCAAUAAUUUAUUCAACCAUUUUAAAAUUAAUAAAAGACAAAAAAAAUAAUAAUAAUAAAUGUUU